AUGCUGCUCGUCCACCAGGCCGGCAGCGUCAAAAUCGGCGAGGUCGUUCGCUAUACAGUAACCUAUAUUCCCUCACAGGACCGCAUCCUCCCGUCUCCCGAGAAGCUCCACCUGCGCAUCCGCAACACUUCGGCCCUCGUGCUCCGCGGCGCAUUCGUCCACGGACCCUACAACCUCUGCGUCUCUGCGUACCCGUCCAACUUUAACCCCAACGAGAAGUUUCGGGAAGCUCGGCGAUAUGGCGUACCCGAAUUCGAACCCAUGAUCAAGGCUGCGAGCUCUUGGGAUUGUGAGCUGACCGUCCCCGAACACAUAAGGCAGGAAGCUGGGGUGGGUAGUAGCUCGCACUUUGGCAAGGGGCCUGGGCACGAGAGCGAGUCGGUCUCAUGGGUGAUUGAAGUUGCCUCGCAAGUCAUCUUCUCCUCUUCCGCCGCCGUGGGCUUCGAGGUUAUAGUCGCACGGGAUAAGAAGUCGCUCGACAUGUCGUCGAGCACCAUGUCUCCGCGCAAUGCCCAACCCGGCAGGGUCAGCGACCACCAGCCCUUGCCCGAGGAGGCCUGCACCAUCGACGCCGCGGUGAAAAAGGCCAAGGCGGAUGCCAAAGCGAGACGCACGCGACAGCGCGCCGCGGAGAGGCAGAAUGGCGAGCGGGUACCGCGCAACGACUCGCCUGAUUCGAACUUGGACGCCGAGUCCGCCCAGACCCAGGGCUCCGAGGCGGGAAACUUGAGCGAAGAUCGAGACGCCAAUGUAUCCCGGGGAAUCGGGAGAAAAACGCAGGACGGUCCUACGAGGAUACCAACCCUAUCUCCCUCCCUCCUCCAAGGCUGCUUGGCAUUCCCUCUGGUCCGAGACCACGGGGAACCCAAGGCGCAGGUGAAGCAGAAGCUCCAUGAGCUCAGCCCCGAGGCCCGCCGCCGCCCCUUCAAGGUUACCAGCAUCAGCUUUAUCGGCCACUCGCUCGGCGGGUUGAUCCAGACGUACGCGAUAGCGUACUGCCAAAAACACUCGCCCGAGAUCUUUGACCUGAUCCGACCCGUCAACUUCAUCACCCUUGCCACGCCGUUUCUCGGCUUGGGAAACGAGAACCCCUUCGAAGCCGUUGCUCCGCAUCUUGCCGACGGGGCCUGCGCAUACGGCGCUCAAAAGUUUAGGAACCGAACGGUGUAUUCCAACGUUGUCAACGACGGUAUCGUCCCACUUCGCACAAGCUGCCUCCUCUUCCUCGACUGGCAGGGCCUGGGUCGCGUCGAUAAGGCGCGGAGAGAUGCCGGGCUCGUGGGCACGGCCAUCGGAUUCGGCUGGGCUGAGCUCACUGGGGGCAGCAUCACCACCGCACGGCGGCCCGAGUUGCCGCCCGACGAUGAGGAAGAGGCGGCCGAGGCUGGCGACGAAGUGGGCACGGAGCCUUCGGGUAGCGCGACGCCACAGGGGGAAGACUCGCACGUUGUGCCCCAGCCUUCUCAAGAUGCCCGGAGAGACGCCACGGGGCGAGACGCCGGGCGCGGGGCUGGCCAGUUUUCCAACUUCUUCUCCAACCUCUUCCGGACCACCGAGACUCCAAAAUCGCCUGCGCCACCGCCGCCGCCGACGCCGACACCGCCACCGCCAAAGUCGCCAUCCCAGCUACAGUCACCAUCGCCCUCCUCCAUGACGGGUCCGUCGGGGAAGCAGUCACUCAUCUACCGGCGAAGCCAGACGAUCAAGUCGGAGGAGUCGUCGGGGGUACAGUCGACGUCGACUGGGUCCCGCGUGACGUCAGGGUCGGAGCUGGGCGACACGGAUUCGUUCGUGACGGCGCCGCCGACCACGACCAUCUUUGAGUCGGCGCACGACUUGAUUAAUCCGCAGGUACCCAACCUCCCGUUCCUACUCGACCCGUCUAGGCGACCGCGGGCCAUCUUCCACGAUCGCGUAUACCACCCGGAAGACAUACCGGCGCCGCCCAUCAAGAAGAGAAUUAGUAGCGGGUUGACGAUGCGCCGGAGGAUGUCGGGCGGCAAGCUGGUGGACAAGGAGAGUACGACCUCCGAGACAGGACAAAAGGAUCAUCUUGCCCUUCGGCCGACGCGAGAUAGCGGCUCCACUGCCGUAGAGUCCGAUGCCCCCUCCCAGCGUUCAGGCAACGACAGCAAGGGCAAGAAGCAGGAGGCGAACAAACAACCGCCCAGUUCCAUGGUUGAUGGCUCCAGCAUGCGGGUAGAGGAAAAGAUUGCCCGAGCGUACCACCGCGACCUUUCGUGGCGCAAGGUUCUUGUAAAGCUGGAGCCUGACGCGCAUAACAACAUUAUCGUGCGGCGCAUGUUUGCCAACGCCUUUGGCUGGCCGGUGGUGCAUCAUCUUGUAGAAGCUCACUUUAGCGAUACGGUCACGGCGCGGCGGUUAGACGCCGAAGAGGACAACGACGAGAGGGCGCGCAAGGUCCGUGCCCCGCCGGACGCCAGCGGUGGCGAGACGAGGGACGCGCGGCCAGCCGGACGAGAUCCCGACCACGAUACCGAGCCCGAGCUUCCCGAAGCCCGCACUGGCAAUGGCGCCAGGGAAGCGCAACGGGAGUCGCCGCAGGACCCGGCCCUGCAGCGAACCGACAGUGAGACGCUCGAGGCCGAGGACAGCGUGGGUGAUCUGCCUACUACGCCGACGGCGGCGAGUAUGAUGCAGACUCCAACGGCGAGCGGGCCGCGUCCGCCAUGGGACUCUCCCGACGACGGAAGCCAGAGCCAGUGCAGCCACGGUAGCCGGCCCGGAACGGCGUCUGGAGAGGGUCGGCGCUCGGUCGUGCGCUGCGAUUCGAUGACGUGGAGCGAUCGGGACUGGGCGGACAGCGAAAACGACAGUGACACAGAGGCGUCGCCUACGAUACUGGGCGUCGGCGGCAGCCACUUUGGCCUGCAACACACAUCGACGUCGCAGGAAGGCGCCGUCGCCGAGGAGCAGGACGCCGACGGCGCUCAAGAGCGAGCCGACGGAGCCGAGCCUCUGGUGUUUGAAUGA